AUGAUUACUCCCCGGAUUACCAUGACUCGGAUGCACUUUGGAUUCAAUUUCCUGCUCCUUAUUGCCGCUUCCUCCAUUAAUGGGAAUCAACAAAUCUCGAAGCGGACGGACCCGGCAACCGAGACGCUGAAGCUCACGCCCGAGGAAGAGACGGCCCACUUCGUCAACCAGUCGCGCAUGGUCACCUGCAGCCACACGAACGCGGAAGUGAAGCUAAAGUGGCGAAAUCCGAAAAAUGUCGUCAUUAGCGAAACCAAGGGCCGGGUACACAUCGAGGACAAGGGCGAUUCGCUGUCGCUGAUAUUCGAAGCGAUCGCCCGGUCCGACCAGGGCAACUGGACGUGCGAGGUGGACGUGGAGGGAACGGGCACCGCUACCGAGGGCCGAGUGACCGUGCCCGCGCUGCGAAAGUCCUUUAAAAUGAUCGUUUACGAACCCAUUUCCUUCCGGGAUACCAGCACCGUGCAGACGGCCGUGGAAGAUAAGGACGCAACCAUCCGCUGCGAGGUAAAAGGACAUCCGGAACCGUCCGUAUCCUGGUACUUUAACGGGCAACCCCUGUUCUUCUCCAACAACGGGCGCUACAGCAAGCUAGCGGACGGGAUGUCCAUCAAAAAGGUGGUCCAGAACGAUAGUGGCGAGUACACGUGCAAAGCGUUCCAGAUCUCGGCCACCGGAAGCAGCUUCGAGGAGAAGACGAUUCGACUAAACAUCAAACAUAAACCUUACCUGCCGGCCUGGAAACCAUCCGUGUCGGACGCGUACGGGUACGUUGGUGGGGUGGUUAAUAUUACGUGCGAAGCGACUGCCGAACCGCCGGCCAACUUCAGCUGGUCGGCCAACAAUAAAAAGCUUACCCCGAAAAGUCACAUCAUCUACAACGGGCGCCAUGUAUCGAUGCUGCAGAUCAUGAUCAAAACCAGCAGCAUAUUCGGAAAGUACAAGUGUGAGGCCAAAAACGAACUUGGGACGGUGUCGCAGGAGAUUCACCUGAAGGAGGGCACCAAACCCGAUCCACCGAGUCUGUUUCAGCUACGUGGUGUCAACUCGGACACGCUCGACAUCGACGUGGGUGCAACGAAAUCCCAUGACAUACCGCCCGAUCCGACCACCGUCAUCGGGUACCGGUUCGAACUGAUGCCCACGGAGGAAUACUUAAAGUCCCGCUCGUGGGACGAGGCGAGCCGACGUGACUUCGAUGUGGCCGACGGUGCAACGUAUCUGCUGGUGCAGCUCAUACCCGACACCAAGUACCUCAUCCGGGUGGCCGCCCGCAAUGCGGCCGGGCUGAGCGACUGGACCGAGGUGAAGGAAUUCUCGACACAUCCACUGCAACCGCACGGUACGAGCGGGUCGCCGGUGGCCAACGCGAAACCCACCGAUGUGUGCUUCAAGUUCGUUUGGUUCUUGGCCGUAGCGCUCCCGGCGGCCCUAUCCAUCACGCAUCACCGAUUUGCAGACCUAACCAAGGCCCGGUUCUAGGUCACAAUGCGUCCUAUACGUCCCACUGUUUCCCACACUACCCAGCACACCCCGAAGAGAAAACGAAAAUAGAUAAAUCCUAAAUAGGUUGCAAAGUGAGCCCCGAUACGGCCCGCAUGAGUGGUGGACAUUCGCGACACUCGCCAUCCCAGGCGGGAAAUUAAACAAGGUAGGAGAAAUUGGCAUCUCUCGCUGCUAAGGGGAGUAGAAAAAAAAGAAGGCAAACUUCCGCAGACGUUUCGUAAUGGCGCGUAACAUGCCAGCAAAGUGCUCGAAACACGGUGCACCGAUGCGAAUGAUCGAUCGCACGGCAUGGAGCACACGGUGACGGUACAUCGAAAUGAUGAGAAAAGUUUUUAGUGUCACUUUACGGAAAUUAGACUCGUUUGGUGUGGUGGUAUGUAUGUUCCACCUUUUUUUUUUGUUUGCGCAUAAAAAGCACUGAUGAAGUUGGAGACACACUAGAAGAAAACCUUGCAAAUGCAUCAUCGAAUGGGAGAUACUGGGAAUUGAGAAAUAGUGAUGCUGUCAACCAUAACCAACACCAUGCGGAAGUUUCCAUUCCAUGUAGACACACAUACACACUUAUGCGAAAAAGGGUGCUAAAGAGGGAAACAAUCUGUUGGAAUGUUCACUAAGAAAAUGUAAGGUGCACAGUGAAAGGCACUCUGACAGGCCAAUACGCCUCAAGGUAUGCAAUUCUUAUGGUUAAACGCCUAAAGUCCGGCAAUAGGCAAACCACAUUGUGCAUUUUACUGAUUUUUGUUAUAUAGCUUGCUAAGUUUCUACAGCGAAACAGUCGCCCGGGAAACAUAAAACCGCACCAAACACUGAAAACACACACAC